UGCUGACAAUGACAGAGGCAGAGUUAUACACUGUGUACAAAGGGGUCUUUCUCCCUACAGCGUUACACAGUCCAGAGAGCCUGAAAUACUACGAGGAGUUCUCCUUUCGUCCAGAUGACAUUAUCGUUGUGACCUACCCCAAGUCAGGUACGACAUGGUCACAGGAGAUCCUUCCUCUGAUCCUGAGUGGAGGAGAUGCCGCUGCCAUUGAGACACUUCCCAACUGGGACCGGGUCCCCUGGCUGGAGGAGCUCAGGGCCUGUGUUCUUGACCUGGAGCAGAGGCCGUCUCGACGCGUGUUCGCCACACACUUCCACUACAACAUGAUGCCACCGUCCUUCUUCAAAACCAAGCCGCAGGUCAUUUACAUCAUGAGGAACCCCAAAGAUGUGUUUACAUCUUCUUUUCACUAUUAUGGCAUGGCCAGCUACCUCGUCAACCCGGGCACACAGAAGGAGUUCCUACAUAAGUUCCUUGAUGGAAAAAUCAUGUUUGGCUCGUGGUUUGAUCACAUAAAAGGCUGGCUGAAUGCUGAAGACCAAGAGCGCAUACUGUACAUCGCCUAUGAGGAAAUGAUCAUGGAUCUCCAGGACUCUGUGGCGAGACUGGCCCAGUUCUUGGAGCGACCUCUGAGCUCUGAGGUGAUAGAGAAGAUCGCAGAACGAUGCGCAUUCAAGAACAUGAAGCAGAACAAGAUGUCCAACUACUCUCUGGUCCCUCCUGGAUUCAUGGACUUGGACAAGUCACACUUUCUCAGGAAAGGAAUUGCUGGGGACUGGAAAAACCAACUAACAGUGGCAGAAGCAGAAUACUUUGAUGCUGUUUAUAAGGAAAAAAUGAAAGACGUCAAAUAUAAAUUUGUAUGGGAUUAAAAUACUCUUUACAUUAAGUCUUUACCAUGAUACACAAUACCAUACCAUGAUACAAAGAAACCCAUGGAGAACGAGUGAUUGCCUUGAUCAUUGCAGUUUGCUUUAAUGUCAGUAGGGCUGAACGAUAUAUUUAUCACACUGUGACCUAGACUUGAA